AUGGUUCGGUGGAGAGUGCACAUCUUUUUAUUUCUCAUGCUUUUCUGCAACACAAAUGGACAAUCUGAUGGUCACAGGAGAAAACACUGGCGUGAAAAAUUUGUUUCAUUUGGACAAUAUGUGGACCGCCAUAGCCCUCAAAAACCAAAGGAAUCGCUUAGUUCUUCACCGAGGUUUACCCUCAUGGCUCCGGACCUCCUGAGGGCAGACAGUCCAGAGAACAUCUACUUACAGGCAGAUGGACUUACCACCCCCAUCACUAUCUCCGUCACCAUAAUGGACUUCACUAAAACAAUCCGGCUCCUCCAAGUCUCUGCCACACUUGAUCAAGAAAAUGGUUUCUACUCUCUUAAAACCAUACAGCUUUCAUCUGAUCAUUUGAAUCGAGAGGAGAAGAAGAACAAGUUUGUGUAUUUGAUAGCAAACUUUGAGGGUUUCUACUCAGAGCAGAGACUCGUGAUGGUGUCCUUCCACUCCGGGUACAUCUUCAUCCAAACCGACAAACCUAUCUACAACCCGGGAGACAAUGUUCGAUUCAGAACCUUUGUGUCCUCUCCGUUCUUUAAGGCCUUGGACAGCUCCAUCACUAUAGAUAUCCAGAAUCCUGACGGUGUGGUGGUUAAACAGCUCUCCAGGACCAGAGCCAUUCAUGGUGUCUUCACAGACACGUUUCCUCUCUCUGAAGUCGUCAAUGAAGGGAUCUGGGUGGUGACAGCAAAGUUUGACCACUGGCAGCAGAACACAUUCACCUCCCAGUUUGAGGUGAAGAAAUAUGUUCUUCCUGCCUUCAAUGUUACCCUGACACCGAAGAAGUCUUUCCUCAGUUUAGAUGAUGAUGAACUAGUUGUAGAAAUUUCUGCAAGUUAUCUGUACAAGGAGCCUGUACAGGGAACGGCUUAUGUUUCGUUUGGAGUGAAAAUCAACCAGGAGAUGAAAAGAUUACCAUCAGUGAAGCAUGUGUCAAAUCUUGAAGGAGGAACAGUCUCACUGAGGAUGGACGAGAUCAAGGCAGUUUACCCUGACAUUAAAUCUUUGGUGGGUAACUCUGUGUAUGUGAAGGCAUCUGUGCUCACCAAAACAGGAAGUGAUCUGGUCGAGGCUGAAAAGACGGGCAUUAAAAUCGUCGAGUCCCCAUACGUCGUCUCCUUCAAGGACAUGCCGAAGUACUUCAAACCAGGCCUGCCGCUGGACCUCACAAUUCUGGUGAGCAACCAUGAUGGUUCUCCGGCUCAUAACGUCUUGGUGAAGCUAACUUUUCUGGACACGCCGCUGAUCGCCUCAUCAGGCUCUGCCAGAGCUAGCAUCAACAUGCCCAGCGACCACAGACCACAAACCAUUACUGCUGAGACGGCACAGGCUGACUUGAGACCCGAUCAGCAGGCCUCCAAACAGAUCACUCUUCAUCCCUAUGUCCCCUUCGACCAAAAUCAGAAAAACUUCCUUUACAUCUCCACAGGAACCAACACAGUGUCUGUCGGAGAAGUCCUGUCUCUACGGUUCUCUGUCAGUUUAUCUGACCAGAUGAACAGAGAACACAUCAAAUACAUAACUUACCUGGUGCUCAAUAAAGGUAAAAUCAUAUUAGCUAAACGUGAGGAUAUAACGGACCAGCUGGUCACCAGCGUUACAUUAUUUGUAACGUCGGAGAUGAUGCCAUCGUUUCGUAUUGUGGCAUUCUACGGUAUUCCCUGGGUAGGACGGGAGGAAGUGGUCUCUGACUCCGUCUGGAUAGAUGUGGUGGAUACAUGUGUCGGAAGCGUGAGUUUCUGUGUCGCGGAGCCGUACAACGUCAGAGCAUGGAAGUCUUUCUUUGUUGACCUGAAGCUGCCCUACUCUGUGGCGAAGAACGAACAAAUCGAGAUCAAAGCUGUAAUCCACAACUAUGAUUCCGAUGACCUGCAUGUGAGGGUGGUGCUGAUGAAGACAGAAGGUGUGUGCAGUGUUGCCUUUAAAGAGAGACACACACAGGAAGUGACGUUGGCAGCCGGUUCCUCUAUAGCGGUGCCUUAUACCAUUGUACCACUGGUGGUGGGGAAACUCCCACUGGAGGUAAUGGUGGUUGCCCGAGACAUGAUGGGGAGUGACCGUGUCCAGAAGUUUCUGAGGGUGGUGCUGGACGGAGUGCAGAAGACUAAGGUUUGGAGUACGGUGUUGAAUCCAUCAGCUCAAGGAGGAACUCAGACGGUUCGGGUUGGCAAGGUUGAACUGGAGUCACUUGUUCCAAACUCUGUGCCAGAGACGUUCAUCAAUGUCCGAGGAAAUGUACUGGCCGACAGCAUUGAUAACUCCAUCAGUGAGGACUCCCUGGCAUCUCUAAUCCAGAUGCCCGGUGGUUGUGUGGAGCAGAACUUGGCCACCAUUACUCUGCCUCUUAUUGCCACUCUUUACCUGGACCGGACCAACAAAUGGGAGACUGUUGGGGUGGAUCGCAGGGCCGAGGCUCUCCGAUACAUCAGGAGAGGCUAUGACAACCAGCUGGCAUACAGAAGGAGUGAUGGCUCUUACCCACCAUACAGAAGUCAAGGCGCAAGUACUUGGAUCACAGCAUAUGUUGUGAAGGUGUUCUCCAUGGCCUACACCCUUGUCGGCUUGGAUGAGCAACAAAUAUGUGACCCUCUGCUCUACCUGGUGAACAACAAACUCCAGCCACAUAAAGGAUUUUACAAAGAGGACAAUCCUGUUUACUCCACCACAAUGACUGGCGGUCUCCGUGGGGACGACCCAGAGAUCACACUGACCGCCUUUGUCCACAUCGCCUUUGCUGAGGCCAAAGAGACAAAGGUCGACUGCAGCACCUCAGGCGUGGAUGUCAAGAGAGCGAGCCAGUGGACCUCACAGUUCUUAACAAAAGCUCUACUGAUACAAGGCAGGAGACCGUAUACUGUGGCCAUCAUCUCAUAUGCUUUGUCGUUGCUGGGAAAACCCGACAAUCUCCAUCAGUUUUUACUCCAAGCUGCAUCUCCAGACAAGAGCCACUGGCCUGACAGGGAAAAUCCUUUAUUUACAUUGGAAGCGACUGGCUAUGCUUUGUUGGCUCUGGUAAAGAUGGGACUCAUGGAAGAAGCUGCAGCUCCCUUCAAAUGGCUGAACAGUCAGAGAAGAAGAGGUGGCGGUUUUGGUUCAACUCAGUCUACUAUGGUGGUGCUUCAUGCUCUGUCUGAGUACAUGAUCAACAAACCACCUCCUGAUGACCUCAGUCUGAACGUGGACAUCAGGAUGGCGGGACGCAAAGAAAACCGUUACUAUUUUAACCCCGACACGGCCUACGCUGCUCGCUCCUCCAGGAUGCCUGCUAAUACUAAUUUGGAAGUGGUGGCUCAGGGGAACGGACAGGGAAUACUGGAGGUUGUGACUCAUUACAACCAGCUGCAUGGGGUGGAGGACAAAGCUCCCUGCAAGGACUUUGAGCUCAGUGUCGAUAUUAACGAAUCUAGCGAAAAGCCUCCAGCAGAUGUAGAAAAGUCGUACCAGAUCACCAUCAGAGUCAGAGCGUUAGGACCCAGAGAUGUCAGAAUGGUGGUUCUUGAUAUCUCUCUUCCCACUGGCUUCACCCCAGAAAACUCAGACCUGGACACGCUGUCCAGCUCAGUGGAUCGUUAUAUCAGUAACUUCCACAUGGCAGAUAACCUGAGUGACAGAGGGUCCCUGAUCAUCCAUCUGUUCAAGGUUUCUCACAAAGAGCCAGAGAUCCUAGUUUUCAGGCUUCAGCAGAACUUUAAAGUUGGCCUCCUGCAGCCGUCCUCCGUUACUGUCUACGAGUAUUACAAUCCAGAUCACCGCUGCAGUCGUACUUACUCUCCUAAAGAGGACAAAGAGGAACUCAGUCGGAUCUGCAACAACGAUGUCUGUCGCUGCACUCAGGGCGACUGCUGCGUCUCAAAGGCUGAAAAUGAAAACUUUGUCAAUAAAGAGAGGGAGAUGUUUGCCUGCAAGAGCUUGCACCAUGUUUGGCAGGUGAAGGUGGUGAAUGUCAGCCAGAGCUACUACGAUAAAUAUGAGAUGGAGAUUACACAAGUUAUUAAACUGGGUGUGGAGGCUGGAGUUGAAGUCGGUCAGAAGAGGUUUUUCGUAUCUCACGGUGGUUGCAGAGAAGGACUCGACAUAAAGUUUGGGUCCCAGUACCUCAUUAUCAGUCCUAAAGAAGACCAGUGGGCCACUGAUCCUGAUACCACCAGAUUUAUCUAUAUGUUGGGGAAGGACACCUGGGUCGAGCGGUGGCCUUCAGCUGCAGAGUGUCCCAGCAGCCCAACCAUGCAAGCUAAAUGCAAGGCUCUUAACGAUGCUGCAAAUGAACUUUCUGUAAAUGGCUGCGGUCUGUAGAAGCAUCUGUAGAACCACAUCACUUUCAGAGAUAAAUGUAUUGCUUUGUCACAGUUAGUGCAAUAUGAAGUUUAUUUUUAACAACAGAAAGUAAAUUUCUUUAAAAGGAGAAUCUUAUGUUUUCUGAUUACCGUGAAGUUUAAUUAUUGGUGUCUUUAUAUAACAGUUAAAGACCCAACAAUUAUAUAUAAUUAUAAACUCAGCUGCUUAAUGUGUAAUAUUGGGUGAAUUAAGUGACCGUAAAUAGUGAGAUUUAAAAUCUGACACUUUCCUGGUAGGUUUAAAUAAAGUUAUCUGAACUUCUUUAUUAUAAAUAAAAAGUCAAUUUGUCUCCAUUUAAAUCUACUGGGAUGACCGUGCUGUG